CAUGUUAGCUCUACUGCUGCUGGACCUCAUACUGGUGCUGGCCGUCUCAUCACUACAGACGGAGCGGCAGACACGGAGUGACGUGCGGACCAUGAUGGACAAACUAGACCCCAACUUCUGGCCGACCCGGGGCCGCCGCAGCUCCACAUCCUCGGAGGAGACGCCGCCGCCGUUCUGGGCCAACCGGGGACGAGCCAUCGAGGAGCUGGAGACCAUGUUGACCGGGGGCUCCGAGGAGGUGGCGCCACCGUUCUGGGCUCACCGGGGCCGCGAACUGCUGUGUCCCGACACGGGGACUCUCAGAGCGCCACUCACGGCCGAGGAGCCACGCUGGGUCAUGUUCAACCGUCGCGACGCCGAGGAUGGAGGCAACGAGGACGCCUUGUGGAUCUCCCAGGGUCCACGGGGCUUCGACGGGCUCACGUCACGAGAACAGGAGUUCUGGGUGUCCAGGGGCAAGAAGCUGAGGAGCGAGAAGAAGGACUCUCUACGCUCGCUGUCCAUGCCGCAGGAGGACUUCUACCCGGCGCGCGGCAAACGCAGCAGCGGACUCAACACUAAGUUCUCGUAAGAGUCCCAGGAAAACUUGUACAAAUGAUUUCGUGUUAAAAUAAAGAUAUAUUUAUAAUUCUUUAA